UGCAUAGUAAUCAUACUGGAAACAAACAUUUGGCAUAUAAAAGACAACAUUAAGAACAAGGUCAGCAGUGCUGUGGUUAAACUGUGAACUGAUCGGCUAGGAUGGCACAGGAGCAGCAGCAGGGGGUGGAGCAGGGCUUGAAAGAAGAGUCUCCCAAAGUCGCGGUAAAAACGUGGAGGGAGGAUCUCAAGAGACCGUGGCAUCUAGUCCGGUGUGGUGUUGGAGAGCUAUUAGCCUCAGUUCUUCUGGUCAGGAUAACAUCCACCUCCUGCGCUGAGUUUCCUGGAAAUGGCAGCUUGCUACAGACCGCACUGACCUACGCGUUUGUUUACGCUACUCUAGUCCAGAUUCUGGCGUCAACAACAGGUCAUGUGAACCCCUUUGUGACGAUAGGUUUCAACCUCAUGGGUCAGUUGUCGGUUAUAAAGGUACUAGUUAUCACCAACAGCCAGUACGUGGGCUCAGUCCUGGGUUCCUUACUUUAUAAGUAUUCAACCCCUGAGGAUGUGCGAGGGGCGAACCUCUGUGCAAUGAGAGUACCAGAGGAGUUAGGUGUGACCUGGUGGCAGACCAUGGCCCUGGAGGCGAUCCUCUCCUUCGUCCUGUUCCUGGUGAUCCUGGCAGUCAACGAUCAGAGGAUGGGAAUCCCAGCUGGCUACCGUCCACCCAUCAUCGGCAUGACCCUGGCCGGCUGCCUUCUCAUGGGGAUCAAGUACGGCAGUGGCUCCUUGAAUCCUCUACGAGCUCUUGGUCCUGCUAUUAUAGGUGAAUACCAAGUAUAUCAUUUGAUAUACUGGGGUGGUCCUCAGAUCGGAAUACUAGUAGCCGUGGGCAUGUGGAAGUUCAUUCUUGGACCUUACAAGAUGGCAAAACAGUGAUCGUAUUUUAGUCAUUGCACAUUAUGCACUUUUUAAUGCUGCAAAAGGAAUUUUCUGUAUUUUAUGCAUAUAUAUUCUUAAAAAUGUGCAUUAAAUGUAAUUCUGCUUCACUAAUAUUGAUAUGUAAUGCUGUGACUCAGAAUCAAACAACUCAAAUAUCAAUAACAGUUUAGAUUGUGAUAUAUUAUUUGAGUUCUUGUAUUGUGGAAGGAUAACAGGAUGCAGGAUUUCCUACGGUAUAUUAAAAUACCAAAAAUUAAUAUAUACCAAUAUUAUAUAUUUACCGAAAAUACUGCAUUGAGAAAAUUAAAAUAUUUAUAUUGUCUUCUUCGAGUCAAAACCCUAGGGCCAUACGGUUAAACAUUCACAUUAUAUUAAUAAAAUAAAUAAUAAAUGUGUGGCGAUGAACUUGCCAAAGUCGAAAUUUAUAUCAGACCAAGUCGUAUGUAAAAAAAAAUUAAGUACGGUGUAUACUUGACGGUCUAGAGCUUUCAGUACAAGGUACUUGAAGAAGACAUAAUGAUGGCAAAUGUCUGAAAUCCUGUUAUUGCUUCAAAUUAUAUAUCAUAAAUAAUACAAUUUAAACAACGAAUCCUACAUUGUUUUGUAAUAUUUUGUUAAUAAAUAAUUUACUGUA